UCUCUCUUCUUUUUCUUGCUUGCCUUGCAUGCUCUAAUAGCUUACGUUGAGAAGACAGCAUCUCAGCGAUGGGAAGAUUCACUUCCGUCUUCCUCUCCUGCCUCUCCUUCCUCCUCUUCGUCGUUCUUCUCCCACACGUCUCUUCGCGGCCAGCGGCCGUGCCCGCUCGACGCAGCAUCGUCGGCGAGACCUGCAACCAGAUCGCGAGAGGCGAUCCCAACGUGGACUUCACCUUCUGUUCGCAGUCGCUGCGGUCGGCCGCCGGAAGCGACGGCGCGGACCUGCACGGCCUCGCCAUCAUAUCGCUAAAGCUGGCGGUCUCCAACGCGACGUCCGCCGCGACCCGGGCGAAGGCGCUGCUGAAGGGCAACGGCCUGAGCCGGUACUACAAGUCGUGCCUGGACGCCUGCCGCGAAGUCUACGCCGACGCCGUGUCGGAUCUCCGCGACGCCACCGGGAUGAUCAGAUCCGGCCGCCUUGUCGACGCCAGGGUGUACAUCAGCGCCGCCGUGGACGCGCCCGUCGUGUGCGAGGACGGGUUCCAAGAAGGUGGACUCGCCUCGCCGCUGGCGGAGGAAGACGGCGACCUGAUGCAGCUUGCUGUCAUCGCCCUCGCCAUCGCCGUUCGACUGGGUUGAUUGAUUAUCGCACAGGAUUUAAAGCACCAGGCAGGUGAUUGGCACGGUUAAUGUUGGUCUGGAAUCGAUCAGAUCACUUGCAGUGGGUUUGAUGCUCUUCUCUUCCUCGAUUUGACUGUUUCCAGCUCCAAUGAAAUAAAAGCGUACUGACCAUAUGGUGCUUUGCUUCUA